GGAGGUGCCGGUUCCGGCGCGUGGGGCCGCGGCUGUCGGCCGGGCGGAUAGGAGCCGGGCGUCGUCUUUGCCGUCGCUUUCAGGAGCCCUGGUCGCCGCAGCAUGCGCUUCUGCCUCGUCUUGUGGAGCCGGCGGGGUGGAGGGAUGCGCUCAGGAAGGACGUUUGGAUCUCCAGCUCAGUUUUAGAAUGGCAUCCGUCUCAGCUUUAACAGAGGAAUUGGAAUCCGUAGCCAGUGAGCUCCAUGCAAUUGACAUCCAGAUUCAAGAACUUAAAGAGAGGCAGCAAGAGCUCCUUCAGAGAAAGUCAGUCCUAACAAACAAAAUCAAGCAGUUCUUGGAGGGCUCUGCUGCCGAGGCGAGUGGUGACUGCGAUACGUCACCAGCUGCAUGGAAUAAAGAAGAUUUUCCAUGGUCCGGAAAGGUAAAGGAUGUGUUGCAAAAUGUUUUUAAAUUGCAAAAUUUCAGACCUCUGCAGCUGGAAACCGUCAAUGUCACCAUGGCAAGAAAGGAUAUCUUCCUUGUCAUGCCCACGGGAGGAGGGAAGAGCUUAUGCUACCAGCUGCCAGCACUGUGCUCGGACGGUUUUACACUUGUGAUUUGCCCACUCAUCUCUCUUAUGGAAGAUCAGCUGAUGGUUUUAAAACAGUUGGGAAUUUCAGCUACUAUGUUGAAUGCUUCUAGCUCUAAGGAACAUGUAAAAUGGGUGCAUGCUGAAAUGGUGAAUAAAAACUCCCAGGUAAAGCUGAUUUAUGUCACUCCAGAGAAAAUUGCAAAGAGCAAGAUGUUCAUGUCAAGACUGGAGAAAGCCUAUGAAGCUGGGAGACUGACUGGAGUCGCAGUGGAUGAAGUGCAUUGCUGCAGUCAGUGGGGUCAUGACUUCAGGCCUGAUUAUAAGGCACUUGGCAUCUUGAAGCGCCAGUUUCCCAACACCUCUAUGAUUGGGCUGACUGCAACAGCAACCAACCAUGUUUUGAAGGAUGCACAGAAAAUCCUGUGUGUGGAAAAAUGUUUGACUUUUACAGCAUCUUUCAACCGACCAAAUCUUUAUUAUGAGGUUCGGCAGAAGCCUUCAAGUGCUGAAGACUUUACUGAGGACAUUGUAAAGCUAAUUAACGGACGGUACAAAGGACAAUCAGGAAUCAUAUACUGUUUUUCUCAGAAAGACUCUGAACAAAUUACCAUUAGUUUACAAAAGUUGGGAAUUCAUGCAGGCACUUACCAUGCCAAUAUGGAACCAGAAGAUAAGACAAAGGUUCAUACACAGUGGUCAGCCAAUGAACUUCAGGUGGUAGUGGCAACAGUCGCAUUUGGCAUGGGAAUUGAUAAGCCAGACGUGAGGUUUGUCAUCCAUCAUUCAAUGAGCAAAUCCAUGGAGAAUUACUAUCAAGAGAGUGGGCGUGCUGGUCGCGAUGACUCGAGAGCAGACUGUAUUCUCUAUUAUGGCUUUGGAGACAUAUUCAGGAUCAGCUCGAUGGUGGUCAUGGAGAAUGUGGGACAGCAGAAGCUGUAUGAGAUGGUGUCAUACUGCCAGAAUAUCAGCAAGUGUCGCCGUGUGUUAAUAGCACAGCAUUUCGAUGAAGUGUGGAAUGCAGAUGCCUGUAACAAAAUGUGUGACAACUGCUGUAAAGAUGUUUCGUUUGAGAAAAAGAAUGUAACACAGCACUGCCGAGACCUCAUCAAGAUUCUGAAGCAGGCUGAAGGACUCAAUGAAAAGCUGACCCCACUGAAGCUGAUUGAUGCUUGGAUGGGAAAGGGAGCAGCCAAGUUCAGAGUGGCGGGCGUUGGUGCCCCGGUCCUUCCCAGAGAAGACCUGGAGAAAAUCAUCGCACAUGCUCUCCUGCAGCAGUAUCUCAAAGAAGACUACAGCUUCACGGCUUACGCCACCAUCUCGUAUCUGAAGGUGGGACCCAGAGCUAGUCUUCUGAACAACGAAGCCCAUGCUGUGACUAUGCAAGUGAAGAGGCCCGCACCGAGCACCGCUAGGGCCGCAUCAUCUGAAGCUUGUCAGUUGGAACAAGUGGAUUUGAAGGGGGAAGAGAAAAGCUCAGUUACAGUGAGGGGCUCCAAGGAAAGCACGUGAAUGGCAUGGGUAUACUGCGCAGAUAAUACUGGCACACAGCCUGUAGUCAUAUUAAAGAGCUCACCUGCUGCCACACUGGACUUGGCUGCCAGCACGCAGUGCAGAUGUCUCCAGCAGCAUAGACAUCAGGAAGUGAUGUGCGCAUCUGCUCAUCCACUCUCAGGCCACCAUCUUCUCCUAGAUCAAACUAAACAAUUUUCAUUAGCAUCGUGAGCAGGUCAGGCCUGUACAUGCCAACAAAUGCCAGUGUCUGGUCAGAAGGUAAAGGAACUGCGGAGGACACACCUGGCCCGACUGUCCAGGGAGUCAGUUCCUACUGAACAGAUCCAAAUGUCCCAUACAACAAAAUCCAACAUCAAAAAUACCCAAUAGUCAGUGUUUCCCCAUCCCUAAUCAGAAGAACUCGCUGUAAGACUUCAAAAGCUAGAAUGCUAAUAGAACCGUCUGUAAGCUUCACUCUUAAGAACACAUACAGGUCACUCUGUCACCACCUUUUAGAUGAAGUGGACGCUAUGGCUCUAGAUGAUUGUAAGCUCAUGUUAACUGCUGGAUGCUAAGUAGAAGAGAAUACUGAAAAUCAAGGGUUGCUGCCAUCUUAGGUUACAGUUAAUACUAAAAUGAUGGCUGUCUGAAACCUAGACAUGAUAAAGAUCAGGACUAUAAGAAAUAGGUAAGUGGAUAGAAUUCACCUUACAUUGUUUCUAUGAAGAAAGGGGUGUACAUUUGGGGUGACUCCUGUAGCGCUGAUGAGGAAAUCACAGCCGUAGAUCUUCCCAUUGGUCAGUUCCACAUAUACAGGCCACAUCUCUAAAGAAAAGAAGACGAUUCUCAGUGUCAUCUCUAGCAGUUAUCCACAGCAUCGUGUGAAUGUGACAGUAAUGGGGAAAAAGGCAGACAGCGGCAGGAAGGCCACUUUAUUUUCUGAAGGCCCUCUGGCCAGGACAACUGAGCGCAAUGACAGUUUUGUACUUGGCAGCUUGAAAAGCAUGGUAUUCUAAAGGACAUGGGCAU